CUUCCUGCCCAGAGAGACAGACGGACCAAGAAGCCAGAUGGUGCCAUGUCCAGCUCCUCCAACUGCAGAGAUGCUGCUGCUGAAGCUACUGCUGCCGUUGUUGUGGGGGAUCGAGUGUGCUGGGAGCUGGGGGUCCCAGGCAGGGGCUGGGGCUCCCACUAAUCCUCGGUCUUCCCUAUCGUCCUGGCAUCUGUAUGACAGACACCAGCUGCAGGUGCCAAAGCCUAUGAUGGUGCAGGAGGGCCUGUGUGUCUUCAUACCCUGUACCUUCUCCUACCCGCAAGAUGGCUGGAUCGACUCUGACCCAGUUCUCGUCUACUGGUUCCGGCAAGGGCCCAAUAACAUCAAUCCCGAACAAGAUGUUCCAGUGGCCACAAACAAUCCACAGAGGAAAGUAAAAGAGGAGACCAAAGGCCGAUUUCAGCUCCUCGGGGACCCCCAGGCCAACAACUGCUCCCUGUACAUCACAGGGGCCCAGAAGAGCGACAGUGGGAAAUACAUCUUCCGGUUGGAGAGAGGAAAGGAGAAGUACAGUUACAAGGAUGCGCUGCUCACGGUGAAGGUGACAGCACUGACAAAUGUCCCCGAUAUCAUCAUGGGAUCCCUGGAGUCUGGCUGCCGCAGCCAUGUGACGUGCUCUGUGCCCUGGGCCUGUGACAAGGGGACACCCCCCACCUUCUCCUGGAUGGGCGCUGCCCUCGGGUCCCAGGGGUCUCACUCUGAGGCCUAUGGCUCCUCGGUGAUCAUGCUGACCCCUGGCCCGGAGGACCAUGGCACCAACCUCACCUGCCAGGUGACCUUCCCCAGAGCUGGGGUGACCACACAGAGGACCGUCACGCUCAAUGUUUCCUAUGCUCCCCAGAGCCUGACCAUCGGCUUGCUCCGGGGAAAAUGCACAGAACUGAAAUAUCUAGAAUACCUGGGAAACGGCUCAUCUCUUCCAAUCCUGGAAGGGGAAUCCCUGCGCCUCCUCUGUGUUGCUGACGGCAACCCCCUUGCCACUCAGAGCUGGGUCAGGGGGAGACGCCCCGUUAGCCCCUCAGAGCCCUGGGACCCCAGUGUCCUGGAACUUCAUCGGAUUCAGAAGGAGGACGAAGGGGAGGUCACCUGCCGAGCUCAGAACCGGCUGGGCUCCCAGCACGUCUCUCUGCGCCUCUCUGUGCUCUGCGCCCUAAAACUGGUUCGUCAGCAGGGGAACGUGAACGUGGGGGAGAAUUUGUUCAGGCGGCCUUCAUGGGAGCUGGCCUCACCACCCUGCUCUUUCUCUGUCCCUGCCUCAUCUUCCUCAUGGUCACCAGCAGGAGUCCUGGCCAGGCGGCCCCCCAGAUUGCCCACCCCCAGAUGUGGCCACUCCCACCUCAGAAGAAGAGCAGGAACUCCAUUACGCCUCCUUCGUCUUCCAUGGGCUGAGGUCCCAGGAGCCUCAGGGCCAGGAGGCCACCAGCACCACAGAGUACUCGGAGAUCAAGAUCCACCAGUGAGGACUGGGUCAGGGCCCAGGUCUGGCUGGAGGGCCCAGGGCUACCCUGAAAAGGGAUACUUGAGGGGGAUUCCUAAGUCAACAGCUCUCCACAAGAACAGGAUAAACUACUGCAUGGGUGUUGCGCAAAGGUUAUGUGCUAGGCUGCUAACUGAAGGGUUGGUGGUUCAAACCCACCAGCUGCUCUGUGGGAGAAAAUUAUGGCAGUCUGCUUUUGUAAAGACUGGAAACCAACUGGUGACAUAUAUUUAAAAAUUAUAAAGGUAUCUCUGAUAAUAGUACAUUUGAAACUCAACUAUUUAGGAGUAGGUAUCAAUGAAAUCACUAUAAAGUUUCACCUUGGAAAAAAGUGUACUAAAUGUGUACACCACUCAGACAAAAACUUAUACAUGAAUAUUCAUAGCAGUACUCUUCAUAAUAGCCAAUAAGUGGAAGCAACCCAAAUGUCUAUCAACUGAUGAAUGGAUAAACAAAAUGUGGUCUAUCCAUACAGUGGAAUAUUAUUCAGCCAUAAAAAGGACUGAAGUAGUGAUACAUGCUACAACGUGGAUGAACCUUGAAAACACUAGGGCGUGUGAAAGAAGUCAGUUGCAAAAGGCUACAUAUUGUGUGAUUCCAUUUAUACAAAAUGUCCGGAAUAGGUAAAUCUAUAGAGACAGAAAGCAGAUUACUGUUUGUUGCCAGGCCUGGGAGGAAUGGGGGGAUUGGAGGGUGAUACCUACUGGGUACAGGUUUUCUAAUGGGUAUGGAAAUAUUCUAAAAUUGACUGUGGUGAUGGUUGCAGAACUCUGUGAACAUACUAAAAACCAUUGAGUUGUGCACAUUUAAAUGAGCAAAUUGUGUAUUUUGUGACUGAUAGCUCAAUAAAGUUGUUAUUUGAAAAUUCUAAUG